UAUUCGCGCGGGUGGUCGCCGUCACCUGAAGAUCUCGCUUCGUCUACACCCUUUCCUGAGCCGCCGCAGGUGUUUCCCCGCCCCCUCCGGGGGGGCUUGGAGAGCGGGAACCGCGGCGCAGGAUGAGCACCAUGUUCGCGGACACCCUUCUCAUCGUUUUCAUCUCCGUGUGCACGGCGCUGCUGGCCGAGGGUAUUACUUGGGUACUGGUUUACAGGACGGACAAAUAUAAGAGAUUAAAAGCUGAAGUGGAAAAGCAGAGCAAAAAAUUGGAAAAGAAGAAGGAAACAAUAACAGAGUCAGCUGGCCGUCAGCAAAAGAAGAAAAUAGAGAGGCAGGAGGAAAAACUGAAGAAUAACAACAGGGAUCUGUCAAUGGUUCGAAUGAAAUCUAUGUUUGCUAUUGGCUUUUGUUUUACUGCCCUGAUGGGAAUGUUUAACUCCAUAUUUGAUGGCAGGGUGGUGGCAAAGCUUCCCUUCACUCCUCUUUCCUACAUCCAAGGUUUAUCUCAUCGAAAUCUGUUGGGGGAAGAUUAUACAGACUGUUCCUUCAUCUUCCUCUAUAUACUCUGUACUAUGUCUAUCAGACAGAACAUUCAGAAGAUGCUUGGCCUUGCUCCUUCUCGAGCUGCUACCAAGCAAGCAGGGGGCUUUCUGGGUCCCCCAACUCCAGCUGGAAAAUUCUCCUGAGACCACACCCAAAGCUUUUUCAUUCUUUCCUACUUACUCAGACACUCAAACCAAACUGCUCCUAUUUCGUCCUGAGCAGUGGGCACUGUUAGCAACAAGGGCCACUUCCCAACUAUCUGAGCUAGCCUCAAGCCUCUACUUGAUUGGAGUGAGAACAGCAUUCAGCAGACAAGAUUAAUGAUUGUAUUUGUCUGUCAGAGUUGAAAUUUUUAAAAUAUGUCUAUGUUGGUUAGAUAAGUUUUAAGUGCUAUUUGUGUGGUUGAGCAACAAGGAAUCUUCCGUGUUAUGCUUGUCAUAUUCUAAGAAUAUUUUUGGUGUGGCCAUCUCAUAGUUGUGGUAUGUUCAUAUGCCAUGGAAAUAUGGGCUAGGUAUAAAGACAAAGGGAAAUGAACUGAAAACAAUCAGUUAGAGCUAAGCACACUCAAAGUAUUUGAUUUGUGAUAAUUUUUUUUUCCCCAUAGCUGAAAUCUUAGGUGACUACUACCUUUAAGGAGAACCUAAUUUGUGCCACCUCAUAAUAAGAUAAUCUUAUAGUCUAAUAAAAACACCUUGUUUUGGCA